AUGGCUCUUCGGACCAUCCUGUACUUGGACUUUUGGGCCGGGUGCUGGUUCUGUCCUCCUGGAUCCAAUGGGAUCAUGCUCCUUGGAUGGCCCGGACUGGGAGUAUAUCCUGGUGGAGGACGAGUUACCUGGCCAUCUAUGAUUCCAGCAGAUCGCGGAUUCUGUGACAGACCUCCUGCGGGACUUCCAACCCCUUUCCCACCAAUUAAAAUAGAGCCGAAUGAUUAUCCGACAAAUGCACCAACUGCAACGUCUGAAUCACAUAGCAUGGAGACCGCAACUCAAAUUACAUACUAUGUCUCGUACGCCACUGACUAUACUGGAUCCACGAUUACCACUGAGACUUACUCGACCUAUUCGUCCCAGGUCACAGGCUGCACGGUCUCUAGGGAUGUCGUCACCUUUUACUACCGUUGCAGAAUACGCUUUUGA